GCAUCCAAUGCUGAAAAAACCUGCAUAAUAAUAUUAUCAUGCCUCCUUUAAAGUCAUGAUGUGUAGUAGGCAUUAGGGUUUCUGAAGAGAUUGCGUGUCUGAGAUCAUGCACCCGCCCCGCUAAUCAAGUGUUGAAAUUCCAAGUACCAAACUUACAACACCCUUCGCCCAAGUAUCAAGCCACACCCCAUUGCGCCACAAAUGAAACAGCCACAUGGACAAAAAAGCCCUGGCAUGGGGGUCGCCGCACAGAAAAAUCUCCCUCCAUAAUUGGCAACGAACUUGACCAUCCAGUACCGCACCAACCGGCCACCUUCCGAAACGUGAACCCGACGACGACACGCGCCCACCGGCAAUUUUCCAAAAAGUUCAUCAAGAUGUCUCACGAAUCCGUCUGGAACUCCCGGCCCCGUAGCUACGGCAAGGGCGCCCGUGGCUGCCGCGUUUGCACCCACAAGGCUGGUCUCAUCCGCAAGUACGGCCUCAACAUCUGCCGUCAGUGCUUCCGUGAGAAGUCGGCCGACAUCGGUUUCGUCAAGUACCGGUAAAUUAUUCGCCAGUUUACCUUGCCUAGCCGCUGCACUCGCCCACGAUCGAUCUGUAUGAGAGCGAAGAUGGUGGUCUAGGAAAGGUGGGAGAGAAGGAGCGAGAGUAGAAGCGUGGGAGGAGAUUGGGUUGGAAGAGAAAGAAACGAAAGUCCAGAGGUAGGAACAAAAAGGACAUUCAGAAUCCAAGCCAUUUUUUCUUCUCUGGGGGCGCCUGAGAUCAACGACCCCCUUUACGUCCCCUCUUGCUCUUGUCUCUCUCUGUCUCUCUGUGUUGCUUGUGGCUUUAGAGGAGUUCUUGGGUUUGAGGCUUUCGGAAACGGAAAUUUGGUCCUUGUAACUUUUCGCUAUAUCAAACAUGGACAGGAGCGUUUUACCGAGUGAAUCAAAAGACGGCUACCACACAGAGAUCAAUGGGCAAUAAUGACAGCAUAAUUUACCCCCUAUGUUAGUGUGGUUAUUGUCGGCGUCCCUCUCUUUCGCUUACU